AUGCAGAACGACGAGGCGACAAAGGGAUCGGGCAAGUGCUCCGCGACGAACCGUUUGAUCCCAGCAAAGGAGCAUGGUGCAGUCCAGCUCAACGUGGCACAGGUUGACGAGCAGGGUGUCUACUCGGGCGAAUUCCACACCUUUGCGCUGGCGGGCUUCAUUCGUCAGCGUGGAGAGAGUGAUGCCUGCUUGAACCGCCUGCUGUUCGAAUCUUGUUUGACAUGGGAGGCGUUGACUCGGCGAAGGAGAAGGGAAUGUUGA